CCUGAAGGUGUGGGGGGCCGAUGGGGAGCUGUUUCUGCUGACAUCAUGCACCUGGGAGAUACCCAGGAGGCCGCCUCUGCCCUAGUCUGCCCACUGAAGAUGGCUCGUGCCCACCCUGGGACAGAGCCUAGCACCUGAGGACCUUACCAUGGUGAUGAUCCUAAGGAAAAGCCUCAACGACCAGGGAGCUGACUCCAUAGCAGGCAGGACCUUCAACCCUGAGCUGCACACGCCAAAGAAGAUGAGUCAAGGACCGACACUUCUCUCUUGUGGAAUUAUGGAAAAUGACAGAUGGCGAGACCUGGACAGGAAAUGCCCUCUUCAGAUUGACCAGCCGAGUGCCAGCAUCUGGGAGUGCCUGCCUGAGAAGUGUCCGGAUGGCACUCUGUGGCACCGGGAGGCAGCCGCCGCCUGUGCGGUGACCAACCUGAUCAAAGACCUGAGCCUCAGCGACCACAGCGGGAGCCCCUCAGCACCCCCCAGCAAGCGCCAGUGCCGGUCACUGUCCUUCUCUGAUGAAAUGUCCAGCUGCCGGACGUCGUGGCGGCCCUUGGGGUCCAGAGUCUGGACUCCUGUAGAAAAGAGACGGUGUUACAGUGGGGGCAGUGUCCAGCGCUACUCCAACGGCUUCAGCCCCAUGCAGAGAAGCUCCAGCUUCAGCCUCCCUUCCCGGGCCAACGCGCUCUCCUCACACUAUGACCAGGCAGCAUUUCACCACCAGUUUGGAGGCCAGCCCUACCAGGGGGUGCCAGGCUCGGCCGCCUGUGGACGGGCAGGUGACAUCUGGAGCCCUGACCCCACCCCCGUGGGAGGGGGCCGGCUCGACAUGCAGCGGUCCCUCUCCUGCUCCCAUGAGCAGUUUUCCUUUGUGGAAUACUGCCCACCCUCAGCCAGCAGCACACCUGCCUCAACGCCAGAGCUGGCCAGGCGCUCCAGUGGCCUCUCCCGAAGCCGCUCCCAGCCAUGUGUCCUUAAUGACAAGAAGGUUGGCAUUAAACGGCGGCGCCCCGAGGAGGCGCAGGAGCAGAGGCCUUCCCUGGACCUUGCCAAGAUGGCUCAGGCUGGGGGCCUGGUCCCACCUGGAUCAGCCCGGCACCCCCUCUCCGCCUCCUGCCCGGCUGUGGUCUUGCCGGCGUUCUGCAGGCCUGUCCUUCGCCUCUUUCUCUCCUUUCUGUGCUUGGAUACGCACACCCCACAGCAGACCGCCGGGUCCAGAUCCUCCCGCCGAUGCCAUGCAUGGCCGUGGCAAGCUUCUGAGCCUCCAAAUUGUCAGACCUUCAGCAGUCUCAGCUGCCUGAGCACGGGGAUGGAGGACUGCGGCCCCCACAGCCCCUUCGCCCUCCACGUCAGCAGCACCAGGUCCUGGACUGCCUUGCUCUCGGCCUCUGGCACUGGGGGCAGGACCCCUGCCGGGACCCCUGUCCCUGAGCCGCUCCCCCCGUCCUUCGAUGACCGCCCGCCCUGCACAGAGGAGCCGUGCUGUGAGGAGUCUGACAGCUGUGCCCCAGAGGAGAGCUGUGGCUGGAGAGGGGAGCCAGCCCCGGCCUGGCGGGACCGCAGGGCUGCCAGGAACAGCCCCUGCUCCCUGGAUGGCGAGCUGGACAUUGAACAGAUAGAGAACAACUGAGGGGCUGUGGGCCCUCGGUCAGGGUGGGGUACAUUAGAGUCAGUGGCCUCUGUCUGGGCACCAGGUGGGCCCUUGGAGAGGGAGCCCCACUCCUGGGCCUGAUAAAAGCUUCCUGAGGGCACUGAGUCCCAGGGAGCGAGCCCAGCCACCUCCCGGAGAGGCUGUCCAACCUUGGGGGGAUCCUGGCCGCACCAGCCAGUGGGACGCCUCAGCCUUUCACCAGCACGGCGGCCACAGUCCACAGAACUGCUGGAGCCCAUCGAGCAGCUUUUGGUCUGGCUGUCUUCCCCCUUUCCCUCGUGGGGCAUCGGCUGCAGGCAUCCCAGCCACCCCCGGGCAGCCUCCUGGCACUCCCGGUGGGGUCCGCUCUGCACGCCGACUCCCAGCUGAGGUUUCCGACCCAGCGGGCUUGUCGGGGGCCUGGGCUCGGGUCCGUCUGGUGGUGUCAGGGCCCUUCCCGGCCUCCUGCUCAGGUUCAGUUCUGGAGAGCUGGCCCCCCAGCUUCUGUCCCUCACUUUUAUUCCGUGCCUUCUCUCCCAGGUCUCCCUGCUUCAGGCUUGGGAAGGUUCGGGAGAUGCUUCCUUCUGUACUAACACCAGAACCAUUUGGCCUUAAUUCCAAGUGUGGGAGACAGAGGCCCUGGGGUGCUGGGUGGCCCUCCACAUCUGAACUUUCGGGGCCCAGGGAACAGCUUGGGGUGCUCGUUAGAGUCUGUCUGCAUUGGGUAGACAUUUGGUAGCCCUACUGGCCAAAAAGACAGAGCCACUUGCCACUCCUGUGGUGUGGAGGUCUGAGCCCAUGGCUCUCUGCCACUCUGGAGGCCACCUCAGCAUGGGUGGCAUGUGGCAGCCAUUCUCUAUGGCUAACCUGUCACUGAGUGCUUAGCGUAGUUGAUUCAGGUGAGUAGAAAGAUGUCAACAUGAAAGGGCGCCUUCUGUAAAAUGUCCUCAGGAGGCAGAAGCUGUGAGCAGGUGCACAAACCCAGGCCCUGUGCACAUUUUGGGGUGGAAGAUGUCUGCUGGCCACUCUGGGGGGCCUGCAAGGCCCCCUGCAGUAUUCUAAGCAUGCUAUCUUGGUUACUGGGGGCUGCUGGCUUUAAUCAAGGUGCAUCGUCCCCCUCGGGUCAAGCCCACCCGCUGGUCAGCUGCAGGAAGCAGAGCAUUCUAAGUGCUGUUCCCUGCUGCAGGCCCCCCCAGGCCCAGAGCUCGCUGCACACAUGCGCUCUCCCAGGAUCCUCACACCCCAGCAGAUCCCCGACACCGAGGAGCGCCUGGCGCCUGAGGUCUUGCCCUCAGGCAGCUCCCGUCUAGCCGGCUUGCAGACACACCACGUGGGCGCGCUCUCGUGGAAUCUGGCUUUUAGCAAACUUGCCAUCUUCUGCAGACAAGAGCAAUUGGGCUGUUUUGAAAGCAAGUGGCUGCUUUUCCCAUAAAGCUAAAAGUAACUGGGGUGUUCUGGGUUCGCUGACUCGUGCUAAGAGCACCUGGGUAGUCGCUUUGCUCUUGUGCAUCCGCUCUGGAUGGAGGUUGAACACAAAUGGUUCUCACCUUUCUCCUUAGGAAAGACCCUAUUUGGGAAACUUGACUUAAAUCUCCGCUUUUUUUACUAGCUCAAAAGUGUGGUGGCUUAAGUUCUGAUUUAUAGGUUGCUUUUCUUAAAAAUCAGCCAUCAGAUGCUUGCAGAAAAUCCAACGUGGUGGCCCUUGGAGGCUGUGUUCACAGCCCAAGCUAGAGUAUCAUGGUUGUUGUACAGGGCCCUGGGCAGCUCUGGGGUGGGGGCCGGCUAGCCUCAGUGGCUCCCACCAAAGGCACGUCCCCCAGGACCCCAGAGAGCCGAAUCAGAGAGCUGGCUGCUCUGGGUAGAUGAUGACCUCUUCGCCCGAUCUCCACUCAGUAGGUUGUGGAGGCCACAUUUCCUUAGAGUAGAUCUGAGACGGCUGGGGUGGGUAUUGCUGACAUAUGAAUUCAGAGAGCACGUGGGUGCCUCACGUCCCCAGCCUGGGAUGGAAGGCACGGGCCCCUGUUACCGGUCAAGCUGACCACAGAGGGAGCAUGGCCUCCAAAGCAGUCCUUCCUGUGGAAGGCGAGGCAGUGCCCCACCUCCUGGUGUACGUUGCAGGGAGGGAUGGAGGGUUGAGUGCUAUGGUGCAGGUGACCUGUCCUUGGACCCUGCCUGCUACCUCCCUUCUCAGGCCAGGUGGCAGGGAAGGACAAGCCGUGGAGCUCGCGAGAUGGCCUGUCCACCACCCGCACCCAAGCUGAUGCUAUCACCAGCAAGCCCACCCCCAGGCCCUUUCUGGCUUCCCCAGAACCCUCCUGGCUGUCCCCACCCCCACCAAAGCGCCUAGCCCAAGCCCACAAUAGCAGCAGUGAGGGGAGAGAAUGGCCAGUGUCCCUUCUGGUCAGAGAAAGAAGUGGCCCUCAGUUGGCUUCAUGUUUGUCUUGUUAAUGCAGCGAGCAGACCCCAUUUAAAAGGAACUGCCAUUCUGCCCGAAGAGGGCACGCUCCACCAUGGCACCAGGACCAACGGUCUUGCUGGGAGAUUCGCCCAGGGGGUCCCUCUGACCCUGUGUGGCUGUCCCCCGGGUGGCAGUGCACUGGGAGCUCGCCCUCCAGGAGCCGCCCUUUUGCCCCGGCCCCAUUUCUUGCAGCCAGUGCCCAUGAACUCCUGCCUCCGAGGGGAGAGUGAGGGAGUUAAGAGCCAGGAGCGAGGGCUGUGCCAGGCCACCCGGGGGCCCCAAGGGGCGAGGGCAGUCACGGCUCCCGGAGGGCCGGGUGGGGAGGGGAGGCCGGCUGUCAUGUGCACCCCCGCCCGCUCCCGAAGGAGCGCGUGCGAAGCCGCAGGACCAGCAGGGGCGGCUGUGCGCCUGGUGGGCCGCGCGGGGCCAUGGCAGCGGCCGCUCCUGCCUCACCCGUGGUGGGGGCCGGGGCCCAGAGGCGGCAUGACAUCGAGCCCACCGGAGCUGUUCUGGUCAUACACGCAGAUUUUCAUUCUCAGAAAGCCUUACUUUUCAAUAAAAUCUUUGUAGCAGGAAA